CAUAGCACCAAGGAACUAUAUUCUGGGCUGUGUACAGAAAACAGGUUCUCAGGGCUCAGCCUUGCACAGAAAACAGGUUCUCAGGGCCGUGCAGGUCCUCUACCGAACCACUGAAAGCCUUUAGUUGGCCAUUACCUGGUUCACAUUAUCUGGUGCGACAGCUCAUGAGAAUAUUUGUUCCUAUUGUGACUUGACAGAUAUUUAACGAUUUGGCCUAAAAGCAAUGGCCCUGCUUUCAAUGGGCAAAUUGCAAGCACAUGUACUUAUUGUGAUGCAAGUUUUAAAUAAAAUAAUAUAACCCAGGCCAUACUUCCAGCCAGGACAGCCUGGGUAAUUCGCAGCCAGGCGCACUCGGGUUCUUACAGCUAUUACAGCCUCAAAAUUGCCUGCAGUUGUACGAGCGGGCAAAACAUUUGGCUUAAAUCAGGGUUUUCAGUGAGCACACGUGUGGGUUCCGGAGGCUAGUGGACGAGGAGGGCACGUUCAUCAGGCCUGUGGUAAGCGUCCUUGUGCCGGGGAUGGAUAUAAAUAACAACAUUUGAAAAUUAAGUGUUUUCUACUUAUCUCUGAGGGCCCGGCGAGCCCUCGACGCACUCUCGCCCACCUGAGGACACCACCGCAGCGCCAUGGGCCGCCCCUCAGAACGGGCCGAGCCCCACACAGCUCCCGCCUUCAGCUCCACCUCGUACCAUGGCCUUUCCCUCCCCCGGCAGCCGUCCCGCCUUCCUCCUCCUCCUCAUUUUCCCCGCCGGUAGUGGCCCUGUCAGGGCAGACGGCUCUGCUCCCGCCAUCCCUGCUCGCUCUCUCAGCGGCGGCGGGACCGGUGCUGAGGCGGGUCCGGAGCAGAGGCAGGGGCUGGCGUUGAGCCUGGGGCGGGACCGAGCCUGAGGAGCUGGGACUGGUACUGGCUUUGAGGACUGGCGCUAAGGCAGCUCUCAGCGCUGACGCUGCUCCUGCCCGCCGAUGUAAAGGCUAGGGGCUGGUGCAGAGACUUAAGGACUAAUGCAGAAGAUGAGGCUGCUCUCGACCGCUGGUACAGAGGCUGGGGACCGGUGCUGGCCCUAGAGGCUGCCUGUGAGACGGCUCCCGGCGCUGGAGCAGCUCCCGGCGGCCGCCGGGCCGCGCGUGCGGGUGGCUCCGUGCGGGGGGAUUUGAAACAGCCGCUCCGGGGGCAGCCCAGCGGCGGCGCCCAAUCAGCGGCGCGGAUUUUUCGCGCUGGUUCUGGCCGGAGGAGGGGGCGGGGCCGCCGCGCAGGAUCGCCGGAGCCGCCGCCGCCGCCGUUGCUGUUGCCGUGCCGCCUCAGCUCCCGCCGCCGCUCCCCCGGCACCGAGCUACCGCCGCUGCCUCCGCCCGGCUUCUGGGGGAGAAGGAUGCGCUAGGGCACAGCAGUGCAAGACUGGAAACAUCUGGGCUGAAUGGACUUUAGCAUCAAAAGAAGUUCUCAACUCUUAACUCGUAAAAUUAACUACAUCAAAAUGAAGCAGGUGCCGGAGAUCCUUGGCAAUACCAAUGGGAAGACUCAGAAUUGUGAAGUAAAUCGGGAGUGUUCUGUCUAUUUGGGCAAAGCACAACUUUCUGCCACCCUGCAAGAUGGGGUCAUGCAAAAAUAUAAUGGCCACGAGGCUCUUCCAUUUAUUCCAGCUGACAAGUUGAAAGAUCUCACCUCUCGUGUGUUCAAUGGAGAGUCUGGGGCCCAAGAUGCCAAGCUGCGCUUCGAACCCCAGGAAAUAAAGGGAGUUGGAACACCACCCAACACUACUCCUAUCAAAAAUGGCUCUCCAGAAAUCAAGCUGAAGAUCACUAAAACCUACAUGAAUGGAAAGCCUCUCUUUGAAUCUUCCAUUUGUGGAGACAAUGGUGCCGAUGUGUCUCAGUCCGAGGAAAACGAGCAAAAGCCAGCACACAAGGAGAGGAGAAGCAGAAAAAGAAGCAUAAAAUAUGACUCCUUACUUGAGCAGGGUCUUGUUGAAGCAGCCCUAGUAUCAAAGACUUCAAGCCCCACUGAAAAGAAGGCUUCUACUAAGAGAGAUCCAGCUCAAAGCACUGUCAAAGAAGACAAAGUCCAUCUGUUGAAGUAUAAUAUAGGAGAUCUCGUGUGGUCAAAAGUGUCUGGUUUUCCAUGGUGGCCCUGUAUGGUUUCUGCUGAUCCUGUUCUCCAUUCCUAUACUAAACUAAAAGGGCAGAAAAAGAACUUCCGCCAAUAUCACGUUCAGUUUUUUGGAGAUGCCCCAGAGCGAGCCUGGAUAUUUGAGAAGAGCCUUGUGCCCUUCAAAGAAAAAGACCAAUUUGAACAAUUAUGCCAAGAAAGUGCAAGGCAAGCCCUCACUAAAGCAGAGAAAAUAAAGAUGUUGAAGCCUGUUUCAGGGAAGCUGCGGCCGCAGUGGGAGAUGGGUGUUAAGCAAGCAAGUGAAGCAAUAAGCAUGACAGUGGAAGAACGGAAGGCCAAAUACACCUUCAUCUAUGUUAGGGACAGACCUCACCUCAACCCUCGGGUGGCCAAGGAGGUUGGAGUUGCUGUGGAACCACUGGAGGAAAUGGAUGAAUCGUCUUACUCAAAUGAGGAGACCGCUCGAGAGCUGAAAUCAGUGAAGGAGUCUGGCAUUCCUACCAAGAGGAGGAGAAGGACAUCAAAAUUGUCUGCCACUGAUGAUACACAAGAAAGCAGUCAGUUGGGGACUAAGAAUGCUACUCCUCAAAAGUCAUCUGAACAGGCAGAAUCCAGAAGAGGGUUAGGCUCCCCUCUCAGUAGAAAGAAAACUGCAGCGUCUACUCCACGGAGCAGAAAGGGUGACACAGUAUCUCAGUUCUUGGUUUUUUGCCAGAAGCACAGAGAUGAGGUGGUUGCUGAACAUCCAGAUGCUUCAAGUGAGGAGAUUGAAGAAUUGCUGGAAUCACAGUGGAACAUGCUUAGUGAAAAACAGAAAGCUCGCUAUAACACAAAGUUUGCCAUAGUGACCUCUCCCAAAUCUGAAGAAGACUCUGGUUCAUCAUUGAAGAAUAUUGGAGAGGCCAAACGUAAAGUGUUUCAAGACUCACCUAAAAGGAGAUCAAGAUCCAGAAGUUACUUACAUGGAAAUAAAAGAAACCAAAAAAAGAGGACAAAGGAACCUACAGAAGAUUUUGAAGUUCAGGAAGCACCUAGGAAAAGACUCAGGAUGGAUAAGCAGAAUAAUCGGAAGAGGGAGACAAGCAAUGACAAAACAGCAAAAACAAACUCUUCUAAGGUCACAGAAACCUCCUCUUCACAAAAGAACCAGUCAGCAACGAAAAAUCUGUCUGAUGCAUGUAAACCUCUGAAGAAGCGAAAUCGGGCUUCAGCAGCAGAAUCUUCAACUCUUGCUUUUAGCAAGAGUUCAUCUCCUUCAGCUUCCUUAACUGAGAAUGAGAUCUCUGAUGGCCAAGGAGACGAGCGCUCAGAGUCUCCCUAUGAAAGUGCUGAUGAAGCUCAGACUGAAGUGUCCAUCUCAUCCAAAAGGUCUGAGCGAGGAGCAGGAACAAAAAAGGAGUAUGUCUGUCAGCUGUGUGAAAAAACAGGUGAUCUCCUGCUGUGUGAAGGACUUUGCUAUCGAGCUUUUCAUCUCAGCUGCCUCGGGCUGUCUGGAAGACCAGCAGGAAAAUUCAUUUGUAGUGAAUGCACAUCAGGUGUGCAUACCUGUUUUGUGUGUAAAGAGAGGAAGGCAGAAGUGAAGCGUUGCGUCGUGUCCCACUGCGGGAAGUUCUACCACGAAGCUUGUGUGAAAAAAUUCCACCUGACUGUCUUUGAGAACAGAGGAUUUCGAUGUCCUCUCCACAGCUGCCUGAGCUGUCAUGUCAGUAACCCCUCCCAUCCACGAAUUUCAAAAGGGAAGAUGAUGCGCUGUGUCCGCUGCCCCGUGGCGUACCACGCCGGAGACGUGUGCAUUGCGGCGGGAUGCGCUGUCAUCGCUUCCAACAGCAUUGUCUGUACCAACCAUUUCACUGCCAUGAAGGGGAAAAGCCAUCACGCACAUGUCAAUGUCAGCUGGUGCUUUGUGUGUUCCAAAGGAGGAAGCUUGUUGUGCUGUGAGUCAUGCCCUGCAGCCUUUCACCCAGACUGUCUGAACAUUGAAAUGCCAGAUGGGAGCUGGUACUGCAAUGACUGCAGGGCAGGGAAGAAGCUCCAUUUCCAGGAUAUUAUUUGGGUUAAACUGGGAAAUUACAGAUGGUGGCCUGCAGAAGUUUGCCAUCCGAAAAACGUUCCCCCAAACAUCCAGAAAAUGAAGCAUGAAAUUGGAGAAUUUCCUGUGUUUUUCUUUGGUUCCAAGGAUUACUACUGGACACACCAAGCACGGGUGUUCCCCUAUAUGGAGGGAGACAGAGGGAGCAGAUACCAGGGGAUCAAAGGAAUUGGGAAAGUCUUCAAAAAUGCUCUGCAAGAGGCUGAAGCUCGAUUUCGAGAAAUAAAGCUGCAGCGAGAAGCCAAAGAAACCCAGGAGAGUGAACGUAAACCUCCUCCCUACAAGCACAUCAAGGUGAAUAAACCUUGUGGCAAAGUGCAGAUCUAUACUGCUGACAUUUCUGAGAUCCCCAAGUGCAACUGCAAACCCACAGAUGAAAACCCUUGUGGCUUUGACUCCGAGUGCCUCAAUCGGAUGCUGAUGUACGAGUGCCACCCGCAAGUGUGCCCAGCAGGAGAACGGUGCCAGAACCAAUGCUUCACAAAGCGGCAGUACCCCGAGACCAAGAUCAUCAAGACCGACGGCAAGGGCUGGGGUCUGGUGGCUAAGAGGGACAUUAAAAAGGGGGAGUUUGUGAACGAGUACGUUGGUGAGCUGAUCGAUGAGGAGGAGUGCAUGGCAAGAAUCAAAUAUGCACAUGAAAAUGACAUCACUCACUUCUAUAUGCUUACAAUUGAUAAGGACCGUAUCAUUGACGCCGGCCCCAAAGGAAACUACUCACGGUUCAUGAACCACAGCUGCCAACCAAACUGUGAGACUCUCAAGUGGACAGUCCAUGGAGACACUCGUGUCGGCCUCUUCGCUGUCUGUGACAUCCCUGCAGGGACAGAGCUGACUUUUAAUUACAACCUUGACUGUCUGGGCAAUGAAAAAACAGUCUGCAAAUGUGGUGCCCCCAACUGCAGUGGAUUUCUUGGGGACAGACCAAAGAAUUCUUCCACUAAUGCCUCAGAGGAGAAAGGCAAGAAGACUAAAAAGAGAACAAGGAGACGCAGGACAAAAAACGAAGGGAAGAAGGAGUCUGAAGAUGAUUGUUUCCGCUGUGGCGACGGAGGCCAGCUGGUGCUGUGUGACAGGAAAUCCUGCACUAAAGCUUAUCACCUCUCCUGCCUGGGCUUGGUGAAACGUCCUUUUGGAAAGUGGGAGUGUCCCUGGCACCACUGUGAUGUUUGUGGCAAGCCUUCUGUCUCUUUCUGCCACUUCUGCCCAAACUCCUUCUGCAAGGAACACCAAGAUGGGACAGUACUGAACUCCAUGCUGAACGGACAGUUGUGCUGCUCAGAACACGUUCUUGGGGUGGAUUCUGUUGACGCUCAGAAGACUGAGAAACGCCGCAAAAAACUGAACAAGUUGAAGCCUAAGAGAAAGAGGAACAGAUGGAUGAGAGCUGAAUGCAAAUAAUCACGGACUGCAGUUCCUGCUGCCAACACUAUCUUGUAGAUAAGUUGUGAAUAUGACCGGGGAAGGACACAAUUUUACAUAUAUUCUGUAAAGGUUACG